AAAGAACAGUCAAAAUUUACACCUCCAACGGAUACGUUCUACAAAUAUGUCACUAAAGAUACAAUUUAUACUCCUUGCCGCUUUGGUCUUUUUCGCUUUGGCCAGCACCAGCGUCUAUGCGGCCGAUACAACAACAGCUGCUCCAUCAAGCUAUGAAUAUGAUUCGACCGACUAUUAUGAUGACGGAAGUACAGACUAUCCAACAACAUCUACUGAUGAAUCCACCGACGAAAAUUCUUCAGAAGGAAGUACAGACGAUCCAACGUCAUACUAUGAUGAUGAAUCCACCGAAACGUCGACAAACCAGAGCAGCAGCUAGAAGACCAGCAGCAGCUAAAAGA